AUUAAAAGCACAAAGAGACACCAGUACAUGUACCCCCAAUGGCUAAAAUUAAAGACUGACAAUACCAAUGUGGAGCAACUAGAACUCUCUUACAUUGUUGGUGAGAGUAUAAAGUGACACAAACAUUUUGGGAAAGGUCUGGAAGUUUCUUAUAAAAUUAAACAUAUACCUACUCUUUGACCCAACAAUUCUCCUAAAUAUUUACACAGGAGAAAGGAAAACCAUAGGUCUACAACAUAAAUUGUACAACAGCUUUGUUCAUAAUAACCAAAAUCUUGAAAGAACUGGAGUGUCCAUCAACAGGAGAAUAGAUAAACUAUGGUAUAUUUAUACAGUGUAAUACACUGUAAUAAAAAGAACUGGUACAUGCAAGAACAUGGAUGAUUCUCAAACACAUUCUGCCCGGUGAAAGAAGUAUCACAGAAAAGGUGUACAUGUUGUAUGAUUUCAUUUAUAUGAAGUUAUAGAACAGGCUAAACUAAUAAAUGGUGGGGAAAACUCAGAACAGUGGUUGCCUCUGGAAGGUGGGAUGGGGACAGGGAUUAACUAGGAAAGAGCAUUAGUGAACUUUUGGGGUUUCAGUAUCUUGAUAAGGGUUUGGGUUACACAGGUGUAUGCAUUUGUCAAAAUCAGUGCAUGUACACUUCAGAUUUGUAUAUUCCAUUGUAUGUAAAUUUUACAUCAAUAGAAAAUGUUAUAUAAACUGUAGUUGAUACGUAUGCUAAAGUAUCUGGGGGAAGUGUGCUAAGUCUGCAGUUUACUUUGAAAUGUAACAACAUAAGAUGAACUGAUGGCUGUAUAGAGAAACGUGAUAAAAGCAAGUAUACUAAAUAGUAUUCCCCUAGGUGGUGGGGAAACAUGUUCACACGAUCUUUCAAUCCUGCUGGACUUUCAAAAAUUCUCAUAAUAAAAGGGCCAGUGAUUUGGGCCUUUUUCAGGAAAGCUCUGUCACCUGAGGAGCUGGUUGGGCUCAGAACCUAGCAAAUGGAGUUGGUAGAAGUAGGAGGCACGAGCCCGGCUGUGCGACCCCUCAAAUGUAAUGAACUUUUCAGUCUUCGUUUCCUCAACUAUCAAAUGGGUACAAUGGCGGUGGCCUAAUUAAGCACUUUCUGGUGGGUGGGUCCACAAUCCAGCCCACUUUCCGUCAUCCUCUCUCGGAGCUCCCAAAGACCCCACCAGCCCUGAAAGAAAUCUCCGCGACCCUCAAGCUGCCUAUCCAGCCCAUGGACCUAGCGUCUGCACUCGCUUUUCCGGAAUGGCACCGGAAGCCGCUUCUCAUCCACUCUUCCUAUUGGAUACCGGCCUUUCGUGGGGGCGGGCGCCGCUGGGAGGCGGAAGCAGCCGCAGGCAUGGUGGCGGCUGUGCCGCUCGCUUUGCUGCUUCUGCUGUUCCUGGGGUCAGGUGGCUGGGGCCGUGCGGAGCCCCCACGCGACAGCCUGCGGGAGGAGCUCGUCAUCACCCCCCUGCCUUCCGGGGACGUAGCCGCCACAUUUCAAUUCCGAACGCGCUGGGAUUCGGAGCUGCAGCGGGAAGGAGUGUCUCAUUACAGGCUCUUCCCCAAAGCCCUUGGGCAGCUGAUCUCCAAGUAUUCUCUAUGCGAGCUGCACCUUUCGCUCACACAAGGCUUCUGGAGGACCCGGUACUGGGGGCCACCCUUCCUGCAGGCCCCGUCAGGUGCAGAGCUCUGGGCCUGGUUCCAAGACACAGUCACUGAUGUGGAUAAGUCCUGGAAGGAGCUCAGUAACGUCCUCUCAGGGAUCUUCUGCGCCUCCCUCAACUUCAUCGACUCUACCAACACGGUCACUCCCACUGCCUCCUUCAAACCCCUGGGGCUGGCCAAUGGCACUGAUCACUACUUCCUGCGCUACGCUGUGCUGCCACGGGAGGUUGUCUGCACUGAGAACCUCACCCCAUGGAAGAAGCUCCUGCCCUGUAGUUCCAAGGCAGGCCUCUCGGUGCUACUGAAGGCCGAUCGUUUGUUCCACACCAGCUACCACUCCCAGGCAGUGCAUAUCCGCCCUGUUUGCCGAGAUGCCCCCUGUACCAGUGUCUCCUGGGAGCUGCGGCAGACCCUUACGGUUGUAUUUGACGCCUUCAUCACGGGGCAAGGGAAGAAAGACUGGUCCCUUUUCCGGAUGUUCUCCCGGACUCUUACGGAGCCCUGCCCUUUGGCUUCAGAGAGCCGAGUCUAUGUGGACGUCACCAACUACAACAAGGACAAUGAGACAAUGGAGGUGAAUCCGCCCCCUACCACUACAUACCAGGACGUCAUCCUGGGCACCCGGAAGACCUAUGCUGUCUAUGACUUGCUUGACACGACCCUGAUCAACAACUCACGCAACCUCAACCUGCAGCUCAAGUGGAAGAAACUGCCAGAGAGUGAGGCCCCCCCGAUGCCCUUCCUGCAUGCCCAGCGGUACGUGAGCGGCUAUGGGCUGCACAAGGGGGAGCUGAGCACGCUGCUCUACAACACCCACCCAUACCGGGCCUUCCCCGUGCUGCUGCUGGACACCGUGCCCUGGUACCUGCGGCUCUAUGUGCACACCCUCACCGUCACCUCCAAGGGCAAGGAGAACAGACCAAGUUACAUUCACUACCAGCCUGCCCAGGACCGGCUGCAGCCCCACCUCCUGGAGAUGCUGAUUCAGCUGCCGGCCAGUUCAGUCACCAAAGUCUCCAUCCAGUUUGAGCGGGCACUGCUCAAGUGGACUGAAUACACCCCAGACCCCAACCAUGGCUUCUAUGUCAGCCCGUCUGUCCUCAGCGCCCUUGUGCCCAGCGUCGUGGUGGCCAAACCUGUUGACCCAGAAGAAAGCCCCCUGUUCAACACGCUGUUCCCUGUCUCCGAUGGCUCGAGCUACUUCGUGCGACUCUACACAGAGCCGCUGCUGGUGAGCCUGCCGACACCGGACUUCAGCAUGCCCUACAACGUGAUCUGCCUCACGUGCACUGUGGUGGCUGUGUGCUACGGCUCCUUCUACAAUCUCCUCACCAGGACCUUCCACAUCGAGGAGCCCGGCACGGGCGGCCUGGCCAAGCGGCUGGCCAACCUGAUCCGGCGUGUCCGUGGCGUCCCCCCGCUCUGAGACUCGCCCUCUUUAGUGGCUCUUGCUGCUGUUUCUCUUGGCUUGGGGGAUUGGGGUUGGGGGAGUGGCAUGUCCAAGGGGCUGCUUCUGCCACUUGCUGUCUCCAACACAGCCUAGAGGUGGCUUUUGAGCCAAACUACCCCAGGUCCAGGCCAGGGCCCAGAGCUAUGUUGUCCAGUACAGGCGCCACGAGCCACGUGUAGCUGUUUGGAUUUAAAUUAAUUUAAUGUAAAAAGUCAUUUCCUCAGCUACAGUAGCCAUAUUUCAAGCCCCGUGUGGUUAGUGGCUCCUGUAUUGGACAGUGCAGAAAAGCAUUUGCAUCACUGUGGAAAGUUCUGGACAGUGCUGGUCUAGUAAAUGGGGUGUGCGUGAUAGGUGGAACUUACUGGUUGUGGAAUUAAAAGUGGCUGCUUCCUUG